AUGGCGUACACAAUUACUCCACAGUUACGAGAUAAAAUUAACCAUUUUGCACGAUUUCCUCAAACUGGCGUGUCUUUGAGACAGAUGGUCAUGUUUGGGCAAACUCCUUCCCAAGGAACAUUGCUGAGGGCAACCCAGUUUUUGGCGGAUGAGCUCCCGAUUCGCAUCGCACAUCGAAUUCAAGAGUUAGAAAAUUUACCUCAUAAUUUGAGUGAAAUGAAAUCAAUAAUCAAAGUAAAAAACUGGUAUGCGCAAUCUUUUGAGGAGCUUAUAAAUUUUCCUAAAAUUGAACUUCCUUCAAGCAUUAGGAAUAAAAUUUCAUCAGGCUCUAUCAUUCAAAAGUUACCAGAUAGUGUUCCGAAUCCAAGCUAUUCUGGGAUGUUAAAACCAUCUAUUCCAAUUUCUCGCAGGUAUUAUACGAAGGUCGAUGAUGUUGAAUGGCCGCCUGAAAUUCAAUAUUAUAACGAAAAAUUUACUAAGUUAAUUCAAGCGAUCAAGGAACGACAUAGUUCUGUUGUUUCUACAGUGGUAACACAAGGCAUUAAAGAAUAUAAGCAAAAUAAGAAAUCAGCUGUAAUAGAUACGGACAUUCAAGCUUUCUUGGACCGUUUCUAUAUGUCACGCAUAGGAAUUCGUAUGCUUAUUGGUCAACAUGUCGCGUUGAAUAAACUACCUUCUCGGCCGGAUUAUGUAGGUAUUAUUUGUACUAAAACAAAUAUUGCUCAAGCUGUCCAAGACGCUGCCGAUAAUGCCAAGUUUAUAUGUGAAGAGCAUUAUGGCUUAUUCCGUGCACCUGAAAUCCACCUGCGUGCUGUGGUCGAAAAAUUUGGUGAAAUGGACGAUUAUCCACCAAUCAAAGUGAUUGUUGCUGAAGGAAAAGAGGACAUUACAAUCAAAAUAUCUGAUGAGGGUGGCGGUAUACCGAGAAGUAAUAUUCGUUUGGUAUGGACGUAUAUGUAUACAACAGCCCGCACAGAACAACUGGACCCUGAAUUCAAUCAAACAGACUUUAAGGCACCAAUGGCCGGAUUGGGAUAUGGGUUACCGAUUAGCAGAUUAUAUGCUAGAUAUUUUGGAGGUGAUUUGAAACUUAUUUCAAUGGAAGGAUACGGAACGGAUGUUUAUCUUCAUUUAAAUAGAAUUUCAAAUAGCGAUGAACCUCUUCAAUAA